AUGGGAAUUGUAUUUUGGACAUUUUCUCUUCUGGCUCUUCCACUACUGCAGUCUGCCAAGAUCCUGACUGUCUGUCUAAUUGGAGGAAGCCAUUACUUGUUAUUAGAUGAAAUUUCUCAUAACUUACACCAGCAUGGCCAUGAGGUCCGCAUGCUGUUGCAGCUGGGCAACCCUGUUAUUACAGGUUUCUCCUAUGAAGGCCAUGCGGACAGCUACCAGACGAGCACCUGGUCCUUAGGAGAGAAAUAUGUUCAAGAAUACAAUAGCUGGUUCCUGGAACAACAAACACAGUUUUUACUGGGAAGGGAUAGCUUUAAUAACUUUUUAAACUUCAUGGGGCACCUGUCCUAUCAAUGUGACAAGCUGUUAGGGGACAAAGAAAUCAUAACUUUCCUGCAGAGGCAACGCUUCGACAUCACCAUCCUUGACGCUUUUAACCCCUGUUCCUUCAUCCUGGCUCGCAGACUUGGUAUCCACUACAUAGCUUUCUAUCCUGGCACUCUGAGUGGUCCUCUGUCCAUUGCUCUCCCCAGCCCAGUCUCCUCUAUCCCAGUCUUCAGCUCCCAGCUGUCCGACCACAUGAACCUCUGGGGUCGUACUAAGAACCUCUUUUAUUCUUUCCUGGCUCCUGUAGGCCAAGAACUUGUAUGGUCAACAUUUAGGGAAGUAGCUGAGCGCCACCUUGCGUCAGGCUCACCCCCUGGUGGUCUGGAGGAGUUACACCAAGGAGCUGAACUCUGGGCCUUCAACACUGACUUUUCACUGGAGUUUCCCCAGCCUCUUAUGCCCUACACUGUCCUGGUGGGAGGUCUACUGAAUAAACCUGCAAAGCCUCUGGAACAGGAUCUUGAGUUGUGGAUUUCCAGUUUUGGAGAAGCAGGUUUCAUAGUCGUGACUCUGGGAUCAAUGGUCUCUUCAAUCUCUGUGGACCCUCUGCUUGUGGAGCUGGUUGCUGGCUUCUCCAGGAUCCCUCAGGGAGUCCUCUGGAGGUAUGACCCCAAGCAAUGGCCAUCUCACCUGGACAGACCUCCUAAUGUCAGGCUUGUGGACUGGCUGCCUCUUAAUGACCUGCUGGGCCACAAAAAAGCACGUCUCUUUGUCACCCAUGGUGGACAAAACAGCCUGCUUCAGGCAGUGUAUCAUGCUGUUCCUGUGCUGGGAAUGCCUCUGUUUGGAGACCAAUUUGAUAAUGUGGUAAGGGCUGAAACAAAGGGACUUGGCCUCACCAUCAAGCCCACACACAUCAACAGGGAAGUGCUCAGCUCUGCUAUUCAAACACUCAUACAAGACAUCAGGUUCAAGUCCUCAGCUCUGUCCCUUAGCAGGAUCCACAAAUCCCAUCCUGUCCCUCCAUCCCUUCGACUCAUCCAGUGGGUGGAGCACAUCCUGCACAGUGGAAGUGGUGCUCAUUUAAGGCCAACUUCACUCACUCAACCAUGGUACCAGAAAUACCUGUUGGACCUGGUGCUUCUUCUCUCCGUGGGGCUUCUUGGACCUGUAGUUCUCUGCUGGACUUUCUGUAGGAACAAGAAUAGCUGGGAUAAACACAGAAAAAUACAAUAG